GUGUGAGUGCGUGCGUUUGUGUGUUGUAGCAGGCGGAAGUGAGUUCGCUCCUUUUCAGAUUAAAGGGAUUCUGAUCAGUUUCAGUAACACGAGUGCAGGAAAAUUGCGGAAUAUGUCAAGCAACACUGGCGGAGAGACCUAGUUUCUACGGUUUGUUUUGGGGCCGUUGAAAGGACUAGUAAAGGGGGCCACUGCUCGCCACCGUGCUGCUACCGCUGUCACUAAGGUGCUGUAUGAAUCCUCCCAGAAAGGAAACUGCACGCGACAUACUGUUUUCUUAAUGUUGACCAAAGGAGUAAACGAGCAGACUGAUGUAAUAUUUAUAUAACUGCACGGGACCAUAUUACAAAUCAGGAAACCAUAGUAAAAAACGCUGUUUUCAUGAAACCCAUUCCUUCAAAGGUUAAUGUAGGGCUAAUGUUUCGACGUAACAGGAGUUUUCUUACAGUGAAUAAUUUAAUUUCUGCUAGAGAAAUCUACUGCUUCUAGUUUAUGGUUUGGGAGCCCCGUUUGCUCCAGCACCAGCGACCCCGAUGGUGGACUAAGAAGGCAUGAGAAGAGAGGAUCCGCACACAGGAGGAGGACAAUUUAUAAACAGCGGGCAAUGACCACUAUAUUCUCUUUUGCAACUUAUGAGAGCACCACCACCACCACCUUCUGUCCGUCAUGAGGUGUGUGGGAGAGCUCGGAGAAACAGUAGCCCAUCGGCUGGAAGUCCACCUAGCAGCAACCUAACUGGCUCGUCAAAACAUUAAACAUCAAGGAGCACAUCAAACCAGAUAAACAAACGAAAACUACUGCAGAUCAUUUUAGUUCGCCUGUCUACUGCAGUAAUAUAAAUAAGGCCACUUUGCAAAACGAAAGCACACAUAACGUUGCUUCCCCGUUUAAGAAGAAAAAUGUCCACAUUUACUCUUGUUACGAGUGUACUCUUAAGGGCCAAAUAAAACGUCGAAAAGGGGCGAACCCGUUAAUUACCAAUUUUAUUUCUAUAGCAUGUGCUGCUGUUUUGUGCAUCUGAUUACUUUGUUUUUGGUGACUAAAAACAGUUGAAAUAAACGGCACAGGAGAUUCCUUGUGAAUCUUAUGUGGAGAGAAGACACAAAUGGUGUUUGAGGAUAAAAUCAAAGUAAUGAUUUAAUGCAAAUAAAGUGCUAUCUUAACCAUUAUAGUUACAGAAAAAAGUUUAAGUACAAGAAGUACCAAAGAAGCCUUUUUUUAUUUUAUUAUAGUAGAGACAGCUAUCGUUUUUAUUCAAAGUCUGCAAUUUUUGGUUGUGCACGUUUCUUGUUUUGAAGGCUGAGUAGUAAACAAUGGCUUCAUUCCCAGAGUCAGAUCUGCAGAUAUGCCCACUGUGUAAGGAGAUGUGUGUUUCAUCAGCUCCUAUCUCAUCCAACUCUUCCACCUCGUCCUCAUCUUCCCACACUUCGUCCAGCUCAUCUUCAUCCUGCACCCGACAGCAGCCCACCCAACAGCAACCACAGAACAGACGAUUGCAUGUUCUACCAUGUCUUCAUGCUUUCUGCAGGUCCUGUUUAGAGGGAUUGCACAGUCCCAGUGACCCACUUCGACUGCGCUGCCCUGCUUGUGAGCAGAAGGUUACCAUCUCAGAGGCAGGUGUGGAGGCUCUUCCGUCAUCUAAUUUUCUUCUCAGCAACUUGUUAGAUGUGGUGGUGGCUUCAGCUGAAGAAAAAAGGAAAAGUGGGAUAGGUAGGACGGGUAACCACCACCAACUUGGCAUGCAUCGUUCCCCAGGUGGUCAGGGAGAGCAGCACUGUAGCUCAUGUGAUGAGGGUAACAUGGCCAGUUCCCACUGCCUUGACUGUCAAGAAUACCUGUGUGACAACUGUGUGCGUGCCCACCAGCGGGUCCGCCUCACGAAGGACCAUUUCAUUGAGACGAGGUUCUCAGCUGAAUGCCUACCUUUGACGACCAGCAUAUCCAACGCUGGUAACAACAACAGUGUCAGUGGGGGUGGUGGCACUUCUCUUUCCAUUCCACAGUCUUUCCAGUCUUCUUUUUCCAUCAUACCAAUGUUUACAGAACGAAUCAGCUACUGUCAGCAGCAUGACAGUGAGGUGCUGCGUUUCUACUGUGACACCUGCUCUGUUCCCAUAUGUCGGGAGUGCACCAUGGGACGACAUGUUGGUCACAGCUUUGUUUACCUCCAAGAUGCCAUUCAGGAUUUCAGAGCAUUAACCCUCCAGUUACUGGCAGAUGCUCAGCAAGGGCGGCAGGCCAUUCAGCUGAGUAUUGAGCAAGCCCAAGCAGUGGCUGAGCAAGUGGAAAUAAAGGCAAAAGCAGUACAGUCCGAGGUCAAAGCCGUUACGUCUAGGCACAAAAAGGCUUUGGAGGAGAGGGAAUGUGAGCUGCUUUGGAAGGUAGAAAAAAUUCGCCAAGUGAAGGCCAAAUCCCUUUAUCUCCAAGUCGAAAAAUUGCGUCAGAAUCUGAACAAGAUUGACAGCACAAUCAGUACUGUUCAACAGGUCCUGGAGGAAGGGCGGAAUGUUGAUAUUCUCCUUGCACGGGACCGUAUGCUUGCUCAAAUUCAGGAGCUGAAGAAUCUCAGAGGUUUUCUUCAACCCCAAGAGGAUGAUCGCAUCAUGUUUACUCCACCAGACCAAGCAUUGUAUCUUGCAAUCAAAUCUAUGGGAUUAGUUUGCAGUGGAGCUUUUGCUCCUUUGACCAAAGCUUCUGGGGAGGGCCUUAAGCGUGCCCUGCAGGGAAAGAUUGCCUCAUUUACUGUAAUUGGAUAUGACCAUGAUGGUGAGCCACGCCUUUCAGGAGGAGAUUUAGUAACUGUGGUUGUGAUGGGACCAGAUGGAAACUUGUUUGGUGCAGAUGUAAUUGAUCAGCAGAAUGGAACCUAUAUAGUCAGCUACCGUCCACAGCUGGAGGGAGAACAUCUAAUCUCAGUCAUGAUUUGCAGUCAGCAUAUAGAGAAUAGCCCAUUCAAAAUCAUUGUAAAAUCAGGGCGUAGUUAUGUUGGUAUUGGACUUCCAGUGCUCACCUUUGGUGGUGAAGGAGAUAGUGAUGGGAAGCUGUGUCGCCCAUGGGGAGUGUGUGUCGAUAAAGAAGGCUAUAUCAUUGUUGCAGACCGAAGUAAUAAUCGCAUUCAGAUAUUUAAGCCUUGUGGUACUUUCCAUUUCAAGUUUGGUGCCCUGGGAUCCCGGCCAGGUCAGUUUGAUCGCCCUGCAGGUGUAGCAUGUGACAGCUCACGGAGAAUUAUUGUUGCAGACAAGGACAAUCAUCGCAUCCAAGUGUUCAAUUUUGAUGGGCAGUUUAUCUUGAAAUUUGGGGAGAAAGGAACUAAGAAUGGACAGUUCAACUACCCAUGGGAUGUUGCAGUCAACUCAGAAGGGAAAAUUCUUGUUUCAGAUACCAGAAACCAUCGUAUUCAGCUGUUUGGUCCUGAUGGGGUGUUUCUUAACAAGUAUGGCUUUGAAGGGGCACUCUGGAAGCACUUUGAUUCACCAAGAGGUGUAGCAUUUAACCAUGAUGGUCACCUAGUGGUUACUGAUUUCAACAACCAUCGUCUCUUAGUUAUCCAUCCUGAUUGUCAGUCGGCACGCUUUUUGGGGUCUGAAGGCACAAAUAAUGGCCAGUUUCUUCGGCCACAAGGAGUGGCUGUAGAUCAAGAGGGGCGCAUCAUUGUAGCUGACUCUCGGAAUCAUCGUGUGCAAAUAUUUGAGCCAAAUGGCAAUUUUGUAUUCAAGUUUGGAACUCAGGGAAAUGGCUUUGGGCAGAUGGAUCGCCCCUCAGGGAUAGCUGUGACCCCUGAUGGACUGAUAGUUGUUGUUGAUUUUGGAAACAAUCGGCUUCUCAUUUUCUAACUUCAGGCUGUCCUUUUGGAACAAAAAUAACACAAACAAAAAAAUCAUCUCAGGGAAAUUCUUAAAAGAAAAAAAUUUUGAAACACUGCUCAACACCUACCUCACCUUUUUGUCAUUUGUUUUCACAUUAUGAAUGUACUUGUAUGUUGCGCAGGGAUGUAGUCCAUGAAGUUAAAUUAUAUCUACCUCAUAGCUUUAGAAAAACGACCAAAAACGAAGUGUGGCUUCUCAGUGCUUCCCUUCUCACGGGACAGCAGGCACAAUAUGACUUUAGCUGUGCACAUUAAGUAUUGUAGUAUCUAUGUGAAAUUACAAAGAUUUGGCCAAAAGGCCCUGGGUUGAUACUUAUAUAAAUAUAUAUAAAUGUAUAUGAAACUAUAUAUAAAUCUAUGAAUACAUUUUGUUGUGUAGGCUUUAAUAUAGUAACGUAUUUAUAAAUGUUUUAAACUGUGGUCUUUGAUGGCUGCUUUAGGAAGGUGCUCCUUCCUAUUCUCUAUCAGGCUUAGGCUCUUGAUUCUUUGUCAUCGGAAAUAUAUGUUGGUGAGACCUUUAGAAGGGUACCUUGAGCCCUGUAUAAAUAGUUAUGGUGCUGGUACUUAUCUGAGGAAAAUUCCCUCAUUUUUGCCACCACCAUCAAGUGUUCAUACCCUUUACUCUGCUUGUUCGCAUAACUGGAGGCAUCUUGAAAAGUAUUUCAGUGCAUAAUAUGCUUAUAGAGUGGAGAGUGGUGUUUUUUUUUCUGGUGCUCUACUGCCUGUGAAGAUAAACAGGUAAUGCUAAAAUUACAUCUCUGGCUGCAGAAAACACUGCUGUAUCUGUAAUGUUCAUUCACAUGCAGCAUUGACUGUUUCUGUUAGGUGUACUUUUUACAAUUUUUUUUUUUUACUAGGCUUUAUAGCAUAGUGUCCGUAGUACCUCUUGUUCUCAGGAUUGUCAUUCCACAUUUGAGUGCUUGACUUGGGCUCUAACUCCUUGUAAGCACAGUUCAAGAUUGUGCUGCCACAGUGAGGCUGAGUGGGGUUAGUGUGUGCUUUCAUUUUAAUGAUGACCAACCUUCUACUCUUUCCCCAUGUAAUUACCCUAUGCUUAAUUAGAGCAGACCAACUGUUCAGUUGGUUUGCAUGUCAAGAUGCCUCUAAGGUACUAUUUGUUUGUUACUCAUUUUAACAGUUUCUUUUGAUUGCAGAUGGGGCUCUGUCUGUGUUAAAUUUACAGUUAUUUCUUUGCGACCUGAUAUGAACCAAAACCAGUGUUUUUUUUUCCUAUAUGUGGCUGCUAAACACU